GUCACGGGUGGGGUGGGUAAUUCAUAUGCACGCAUACAGUCGCUAUGAAACUCGCGUUGAGCCUCCCCGCGUCGCGUCACAUUCACCGUGGCUGCCACCUCGCUCCACGGUAUAUAUAACUAUUGAUUGAAUCUCUCUCUCUCUCUCUCUCUCUCUCUCUCUCUCUUUUCAUAUUUUCUUCGAGCACUGCAGAGAUGCCGCCGCUGCUGUAUUGAAGGGAGAGAAAGAAAAGAAAUCUGGACUCGAUCCGUUCUCCUCCAGAGUGAAUGAAGAUGUCGACCUGAAAGAAUCGCCCACCAUUAUUGCCACAAUCUCCUGUCCACGGCUGUCUGACUCAGCCAUCAAAGUGACCUGCAGCAAAGUUUGACUGGAUCUCUGAGUCUCAGAUUUGAUUGUUGGUGGUUCCAGUGGAGAAACUUAUUGUAACCAUCAACAACUUAAAUAAGUAAAUUUAGUUGUGCAAAAAAAUUGAAAAUGGAGGACCCGUAUCGGGACCGAACGUCUUUGGUCAAAGGCGCUCGUGACAUCGCCAAAGAGGCGAAACGCCACGCGGUCAAAAAGGUCAACAAAGUCGUAGAUCGUGCCUCAGACAAAUACGCAGGCCGCACUUACAACCGCUUCGAAAAUGAUGAAGGCGAAGGCAGCGAUGAAGAAAGUUACCUUCACCAGGAUGGUCAGGCUCAGCGAGACGAUGAUGAGGGUUCGAGCGAUGCCACCGAAGGCCACGAUGACGAGGAUGAAAUCUACGAGGGCGAAUACCAGGGCGUGCCCUCAGGGGGCGGGGCUGCAGAUGGGCAUGGUCAGGUGGCGAUUGGCCAGCCGAUGGCGGAUGGAAUGAAGGACAAGCGAGGGUUGGAGAAAGAGAGAGAUGCGGAUGAGGAAGAGUUGGCGCAGCAGUAUGAACUGAUCAUUCAGGAAUGUGGGCACGGACGCUUCCAGUGGCAGCUGUUCUUCGUACUGGGGUUGGCGCUCAUGUCUGACGGCGUGGAGGUGUUUGUCGUGGGGUUCGUUCUGCCCAGCGCUGAAACCGACAUGUGUGUGCCAAACUCAGGAGCAGGAUGGCUGGGUAGCGUUGUGUAUUUGGGAAUGAUGGUGGGUGCAUUCUUCUGGGGCGGUCUGUCGGAUAAAGUGGGCCGGAGACAGUGUCUGCUGGUGUGUAUGUCGGUAAACGGGUUCUUCGCCUUCCUGUCGUCCUUCGUUCAGGGCUACGGCACCUUCCUCUUCUGCAGGAUGCUGUCGGGGUUUGGGAUUGGCGGGGCAGUCCCCAUCGUGUUCUCGUACUUUGCCGAGUUCCUGGCGCGAGAGAAGCGCGGUGAGCACUUGAGCUGGCUCUGCAUGUUCUGGAUGGUGGGCGGGAUCUACGCCUCGGCCAUGGCCUGGGCCAUCAUACCUCACUAUGUAUGGUGUUCAGCGUGUAUCAUGUUUCACAGUUGGCGUGUGUGUGUGUCAGGUGAGUUUCAGUUGGCGCGUGUCUGUCGUGCGUCUCAGCUGCGUGCGUCUCAGCUGUCGCUCACGUUUAUGCCAGAGAGUCCACGAUUCUACCUGGAGGUGGGGAAACAUGACGAGGCGUGGAUGGUUCUUAAACAGAUUCAUGACACCAACAUGCGUGCUCGCGGAGAACCUGAGAAAGUCUUUACAGUAAACCGUAUAAAGAUCCCCAAACAGCUGGAUGAGCUGGUGGAGAUGCAAUCAGAGUCUCCAAACCCUGUGGCGAAAGUGUUAUUCAGAAUCAGAUGUGAACUGCACGGAAUCUGGCGUACAUUCAUGAAGUGUUGGGAUUACCCCGUCAAGGAUAACACUGUGAAGUUGGCCGUGGUUUGGUUCUCGCUGUCGUUCGGGUAUUAUGGUCUGUCUGUCUGGUUCCCUGACGUCAUAAAGCACCUGCAGGCCGAUGAUUACGGCGUCCGUGUGAAGAUCCACAACAACGAGAGGAUUGAAGAUUUCACUUUUAAUUUCACACUGGAGAACCAGAUCCACAACAACGGAGUCUUCGUCAAUGACAGGUUUAUCAGCAUGAAGUUUAAAUCCGUGACUUUCAUGGACUCCACAUUUCAGAGCUGUUAUUUUGAGGACGUGAGCUCCAUUGGCUCCUACUUCAAGAAUUGCACCAUCAUUGAAGCUUUCUUCUAUAACACCGAUAUUGACGACUCAAAAUUCAUCAGUUCUUCUGUGAUCAACUCCACGUUCGCGCACAAUAAGACGGGCUGUCAGAUGACGUUUGAUGACGACUACAGCGCGUAUUGGGUGUAUUUCAUAAACUUCCUCGGAACAUUAGCCGUGUUGCCUGGCAACAUAGUCUCCGCCCUCCUGAUGGAUAAAGUUGGUCGUUUGAGCAUGUUAGGUGGCUCUAUGGUGUUGUCAGGCAUCAGUUGUUUCUUUCUGUGGUUCGGUACGAGUGAAUCGAUGAUGAUUGCGAUGCUCUGCCUUUAUAAUGGACUCAGUAUCUCUGCCUGGAACUCACUAGACGUGGUGACGGCGGAACUGUAUCCCACCGACAGGAGGGGAACUGGCUUUGGGUUUUGUAACGCCACUUGUAAGCUGGCCGCCGUUUUGGGGAAUCUAAUAUUUGGUUCAUUGGUCGGAAUCAGUAAAUCUAUUCCGAUCCUGCUGGCGUCGUCUGUGCUGGUCUGUGGAGGUCUGGUGGGCUUGCGGCUACCCGACACCCGCGCCAACGUCCUCAUGUGACCCCGCUGUACCGAUGACCUCGGAGUCGCCAUGGAAACACACAGGACACGCUCAGGGUGGAGGCGACUACGACAUGUGACAUCAUAUGCUUCGUUUAUUUAUUUGUGUCAAACUUUUAAAAACGUAGUUAGAUUGUAUUGUUUAUUUAUUGACAACUAUUAAUUGAUGUUUUGCACUUUCAUGCCUUAGCAUGCCUUUAGUUUAGACCAAAACAAGAUUUUCAUGCCUUAGCAACGGUUGUUUUGCCAAACGAAAAUGUAAAAAUACAAAGUAAGUGUCAAAAUCUGUUUUAUGGACUGUGAGCUUUUGAGCUUUUUUUCCAUUUUAAAUUUUUUUUUUUUUUAUUAUUAUUAUUAUUUUCAAUUUCAGAAACGCAUUUUUUUAUGAUGCUUUUACACUCAAAUGAGAGUAAAAAACAAAAAGGUCAUUUACAACUUUAGACAUUUGCAAUAGCGGCUUUUAUUGUUAGUCUAGUCGAAUUCAUUGGUGACUUCCACCGAAUCAUUUCUUAAAAAACGAACGACAACUGUUAUCCACGUUUUCUGCUUUUUAUAACGAUUUCGCUAGCGUAACAAUACGUCAAAAUUCACUCUGAUCGCUGUUGUAGCGACACGCUUCUGACGUCAUUCUGGCGUUCGUCAGCUUUGUCGUCAUUGUAGCUGAAACAGGCUUCAUUUGGUGUCUCUCGUUCUUCACGGGGUUAAAGGUGUCCUAAACUAGUCCUGAUUUAACCCCAGCUGCUGAGCUUCUCUGUAAACUCUUCCUAUAAUAACUGAAUGGCCUUCCUCUCCGUGCCUCCUUCCUCCAAAUCUCCUCCAUCGGCCUCCUGUCGGCCUCUUGUAAGGUCGAGAGUUUGUGAAGCGUUUUGAACUCAUCUCACAUCAUCUUGAAGGUCGAUAAAUAAAGCCAUGCAAUAUCGAAGGCAGAUAAGAGAUCACAAUAUGAAUACAUCAUACAUAUAUAUAAACGGACCAUAGCGCCCCCUUGUGGCAACGCUGAGAAUGCAACGCGCAUUGGCAUUAGGAGAAUUGUUUUCGCCGAAGCGUUUCGAAAUGCAACGACGUGUGAAAUUGAGCUCGCGUAACUAGAAACGUUUGCAUUCGCGUAAUUGCGUUGAUAAUAUUCUUAAUGAUAUUUUAUUGUGUGUAUGCCAUGAAAGUAAAGAUAAGCGUUUGUUUUGAAUUUGCAAUGGGGAACAUCGUUAAACGUGUGUUACUGUAUUGUUCUAAAAUUAUAAAUAAUUUAAUAAUUUUUUUUUUUAUUUCGUUGUCAGAUGCUUAUGUCUCUUCGUAUGUGUUUGUAGAUAUCUUAUAUUUACAGAAAACAGUAAAUCCUUUAUGUCUAUAGACAAGGCUGGACUGGUAACCUGGCAUACCGGGCAUUUUCCCGGUGGGCCGACGCACUUUGGGGCGGACUGGCCAUCGGGAGAACCGAGCGGGCCGGUGGGUCGGCCGCGAAACCGAUCAAAUGGGCUGCGAUGAGCUAAAAUGAGCCGCCACGUUAUGCAGAAAAGGACAGCGAACACCCCCCACCCUCCUCCCCCAAAAAACCCCGCUGGGCCGAUUUCUCUUCCCAGUCCAGCCCUGUCUAUAGAUGUUUAUUUCGGCUGGAUUUUGGGCUGUUAUUUGAGUGAACAAGAUCAUAUUGUGUUCUUUACAUGUUUGUAUGCAGGAUUGUUUUCCACAUUUAGUUAUUUGUGGUUUGAAAGAUGAAUGCGUCAUUAUUGUGAGCGUGUGAUGUCGUUCUGAAACGGGUUCAUGCCAACGACACGUCUGCCCUGUCGAAAGUGUCUGUGACGUCUCUCUGUGAGCGUGCUCAUGCAUAAUGUAAA